UUGGGUGAACUCGUGUCACGUGACCGUCCUUCGACAGGAGUUUCCACGACAGCUGAGUAACAGCUAAAUGCGUCUUUUCACCUGUAACAUUGAUCCUCUCCAAUUCCGGCGGGUCGUAGUUUCUUAAAAUGGGAGACAAGAAGAGCCCCACAAGGUAGGGUGUCGCUCAUUUCCCUCAAUUUCGACUCUAUCGGCCGGUUUGAAAACAGAAACCUUGGUCAAUGGAUGGAGCCUCUGAACUGUUCAUGGCGGCUGGCUGCUGCUUUAAUAUGGGGCAACUGUCUGUGUUCACUGAGAGCUCCUUUUUCCUUCGACUCCUCAGCCUUAAACAUCCUCUGACUCGGCUCCUUCCCCGCUCUGCUAGUUUUUCACCUCGCAUGCUUUCUGUGAAACCUCCGUGCUCCUUUAAACGGCGCCGCUUUAACUGUGUUUUUGUUUUGUUUUUGUCUUAAAGGCCAAAGCGGCAGUUGAAGCCCUCCUCCGACGACGGCUUCUGGGACUGUAGCGUGUGCACGUUCAGGAACAGCGCGGAGGCGUUCAAGUGUCUGAUGUGUGAUGUCAGAAAAGGGACGUCAACGAGGUAAUGAGCUCUUUAUGGUCCAAACAGGAACUAUUGCAGAGUGGAGUGACUGAUAAAAAUGACACGAGGUUGUAGGUUGAUGAGGUACACCCAUUUAUUACAACAGCCGUGCGAUAAAUCACCUCUCUAUGAAGACUGACUCUAAUGAUUUUAUGUUAGUUUUCAAGUUACUGAAAGAGCCCAGGGAGAGCCAACCUUCUCACUCAAACCGAGUAGUUUGACUCACCUUUAAGUGGAAAUUCUGAUUCCACCUUGUUAAAUGUCAGUGUGAAAUUUCCUUUGACUCCUUUAUGACACUAAAUUUGACUGCAGAGUCAUAACCUAUGAAAGACUACUUCCCGAACGUGACAUUUAUCACCUUUAAUUCUUGAGAUGUUGUUUUAACCAAACGUUUGAUUUGCUGAUUAUUUGAGAUUAAAGGGGAGAGUGGGGUAAGAUGAGUCAUUUUUCAUAUUUCAGAUCACUACAUCAAGACAAUCAAAGUUUUGUCUCUAACUAUUGUAUCUGCACACUAACUGUAAACUAACAGAAUGAGUGUAAACAUAACUGACUUGAUAAUAUAGCAUGCCAAACAAAAAGUGGUUUCCUAUGGUCAACUUACCCCGUAUAUGGGUUAAGUUGACCAUAGGAGUGGGGUAAGUUGAGCUGUAUCCCCACAACCCUCUCGCUCUCCACUCCAGCCCUCCCUCACCUUCUCUCUCCCUAAAUAACAGUCACUUCUUCACAUUCACGUGUAUUUUUAUCUAUUAUACCCUAUUCAUUGGUACAAUAAUUAUUGUUAUUAUUAUUGAAUAUAACCGCUAAAAAUCUGUUUUGUAAAAAGUCACUUUAACAUGAGAAUGCCUUUAAGUGAUUCAGAACAUUCACAGCUGUAUUCUUAAAAAGAAACAGUAACACAUUUCAACAAUCUGAACUGAAACUCUGAUCCUCUCAUCAGACUCCUUUACUUUCUCAGUUGAUCCACUGGUUCAACUUACCCCUGAACUACUAUGAUGACUUUAUUAGUCCUCUAAACUAAAAUGGUGGACUUUUAUGCUAGGUUUUUUUCCUGAUGUGUAGCUCAUAGAUACCACAAUUGAUGGAUAAAACAAAUUUAAAAUGAUCUUUUUUGGUCUGAACACAAUUCUAGUAAAACUUAUGACAGACUAAAUUCACUUUCAAGAGUGAACAAUGUUUUUUUUUGGAAAUAGAUGUCUAACCCCUUCACCCAUGUGCUUCUAACCUUCACAGACUCCAUGAAUUGAUGCCCAUCUCCUAAAUAUUUGGUCACAUGAUCAAUUUAUUUUACCAUUUCCAAGCAACAGGGGGUGGCUUAACUUACCCUUUGACUCAACUUACCCCACUCUCCCCUUUUAGCUUUCAUUUUCAGCACUGGUGGUCAAAAAAUAGGUGUUGAUGUAUCUUCAGAGUUAGUUUUGCUCAUCCUUGAUAGAAGCCUUAAAUAAAGAGUUUCACUUGGGUUUAAAGUGUAGAGUAACAUUCUCAAUGUUUACUGGAUAAAUAAAAACCAAAAGGGAAAGGCAGCACUAUCUUUGUUGUCAUUUGAGCACAUCAAAACACCUUCUACAACCAACAGUCUCCAUAAUGACCACAGGUUUGAAACAACACAUCUGGGUAUUUCUUUAAAGAAAUAAGAGUUAAAGUAAAAUAGGUAAGAAAAGUUAACUCAUGGCUAGAAAACUUAAAUGUGAUUGGUCUCUGGAGGCAUAUUCCUCAAAGGAUCAAUGAAGGUCUUUUCAGCUGAAGUCACCAAAAGACCUUUCACAGACCCGAGAUCUGCAGAGGAAUACAAAUGUCAUUGAAGACUUUUAUCUCUGACAAAAUCUUAAAGUAAGUCAGCCGGAAACUUUCCCCUGAUGCUUCUGAAGAAAGUCAAACUUGAAAAAACUUCUUCAUGCAAACAAGUACGAUUUGAUUUCUACUUUUAAGAUGCAGGCGGUAGAGUUAAACAACCUCUGUUUUCUAGUUCAUGAAAAAAGGAGCAGAUGGUUACGGCCUGGUGAAAUCACAAAAGCUGUCAAAAAAACAUUAAAUAUGGAGGAAAGUUUAGACAGGCUCUAUAUGAACAGUGCGCUGACAUAGCUCUUGCUGUCAUCUACCGCUCUCAGUACAAAUUUGACUGGACUCAUACAAUACUAGGGGUGGCAAAAUGUGGUGCCAGUGAGUAACAUGGUUGAAAGGAUAGCUUCAUACAUUUUAGGUCUGUCAUAAGAAGUUGUGGGUUGACCUUGUGAACAUUACAGUAUGUUUAUUUUCUGUAGCAAUGUCCUCUUUUCAUAUUGGCCAUGAAGGGGUAUACACUUUGCCAAAAAAAACCCCACCAUCUUUAAAAUCUACAAGUCUUUUUUUAGAUAACAUAAUAUCUAUAACUUUAGAUGUUGUUAUCUACAUCUGCACCUCAUAUUAACUCAGGAGUUUAUUUUAUACCAGUAGAAUUGGAUGUUUCUCUCCUCUCUAACAUCACAAUUGUGUUUAAAAUGGAAAAAUGUACAAUUUAAAUUGUCUUUAGACAUAUAAGAGCAGUUUACCAUUCUCCUUUGGUUGGUUUUUAAGCUACAUGUUCAUUUGAACUACACUUUUAGUAUUAUAAAUGGGCACCACAACUAAAUAGCUUCUUUGGUCUUCUUCAGAAAACCCCGUCCUGUUUCUCAGCUGGUUGCACAGCAAGUAAAUCAGCAGUUUGCACCUCCAACACAUCCCAAAAAGGAAAAGAAAGACAAAUCUGAGAAAGAUAAGACCGACAAAGAACCAGCACUGAAAAAGAAAAGUCACAAAAGGAUGAGGUAACAAGUCCAUCUUUUCUCAGGAAUAUCUUCUCAUAUUCUCAUAAUUUGUUGGACUUUGCCAACACUGACUUAUAUUCUUGUUUUGCUUGCUUGUCUCUCCUCCAGGCCCCGGCUAAAAAACAUAGACCGGAGCAGCGCCCAGCACCUAGAGGUCACAGUCGGAGACUUGACCGUAAUAAUCACAGACUUUAAAGAAAAAGCCAAACCCAUGUCCACUUCAGCAAGCGCUGCCUCAGCAGACCAACACAGUCAAAGCGGCUCAAGCUCUGAUAACACUGAACGAGGGGUGUCCAGAUGCUCUUCACCUCAUGGGGAAGGCUCGUCGUCCAUUAAUGGAGAGAGUCAUUAAUCUUGACACUCCCGGUCAGCACAACCCAUCAUUCUCCAGCACUCUCGACCAGAGAUUAAACUUCAACAUGCACGUUUUUUUUUUUUGUUUGUUUGUUUUUGUUUUUUAAACAGUACUAUAAAUGCCAAUAAGAUAGCAGUCAUUUCUCUUUGGGGUUGUACUUUUCACCGCUACUCAUGAUGUGAAAGAAUUCAAGAGUCAGGACAUUUGCUGUACGCUCAAUUCAAAGGACUGUUACAAAAAGAUCUAACAAGCUGGAAUGAAAAGACGAAUUGUAGCAUCAAGUCUCAGAUGUCGGUGGAACUGUGCCACAUGCUGUGGUGAGAUAUGUUUCAACAACUCAGUAUUAUGGUAGCAUCACACCCAUUUGAUGGUUGCUGCACAGAAAAUAAUGAAAGAAAGUAAACAUGAAGAAGGCAACUCACAAUUUUAGUUUAUCUUCGAAUUGUGUUAUCAUUUUUUUGCACUUAAUGGCAUCCUGUGUUCAUGAAAAGACUUGUAGCAUUAUUUCCACUUCCAGUAAUUCAUCACACUGUUGGCUUUUCCCAGGUCUCUUUGUAUGCCAUUGGGUACCGAUCAUUGUUUUACUCUUUAACAUAUGAAUAAUGAUAUGCUUCUCCUUCACUUGGUAGAGUUGAGCAUGAUUCAAUCUAUAGAAUGGUUUAUAUUGUCAAAUAAUGUUAAAUAAAAUAAGUUGUAGACACUU